AAGGGGUGCCAAUAUCAGAUAAAAGAGGUAAAAAUAGCAAGAACUUUAUCAUGCACUCAUUCCAACCCACACUUCACAAUCACCAUUAAUGGAAGACCAAAACCUCCCUCACCACACUUCACAACCACAACCACCAUCAAUGGAAGACCAAAACCACUGUACGACAAGUGACCAACAGUUGCAAAACCUUAAUCUCCCCAAAGUCCUUCUUCAUGGUCCCCCAGGUUUUUCCUCUGUUCUCCAACCACCCUAUUCCCAAAAGUUCCAUCUUUUAAACCAAUCUUCGCUUCCACUUCACCAGUUUGCGGCCACCCACCCCUACCACUGCGCCACCGUGGCCGCCGUCCUCUGUGACGGGGGCUACCCCCUCACCGCCGACAUGCUUAGUCUCCUCCCUUCGCUCCGCCUCGUUGUCACCGCCAGUGCCGGCACUGAUCACGUCGACCUGGACGAGUGCCGCCGCCGCGGAAUUCAGGUUGCCGGUGCCGGAAAUUUGUUUUCCGAGGACGUCGCCGAUUUGGCGGUGGCUUUGUUGAUCGACGUGGUGAUGAAGAUUUCUGCAGCGGAUCGGAGUUUGAGAAAACGACACGUUGAUUCACGAGCUAUUACGCUUGCUUCCAAGGUAUCAGGAAAGAGAGUUGGAAUAGUAGGGUUGGGAAGAAUAGGGUUAGAGGUGGCACAUAGGCUUGAGGCCUUGGAGUGCAUGGUCUCGUACAACUCUAGGAAGCAGAAACCCUUUGUUCCAUACCCUUUCUAUUCUACUGUUCUUGAACUUGCCACUAACACCAACGUCCUUGUUCUCUGUUGUUCCCUCAAUGACCAAACACGCCACAUCAUCAACAGAGAAGUGAUGCUGGCACUGGGAAAAGGAGGAGUUAUUAUCAAUGUGGGAAGAGGAGCUUUGAUAGAUGAAAAACAACUCUUCAACUGUUUGAUGGAAGGUGAAAUUGGAGGUGCUGGUUUGGAUGUCUUUGAGAAUGAGCCUCUUGUUGAUGAACACUUCUUUUCCUUGGAUAAUGUAGUUCUAUCACCACAUGCAGGUUUUUCCACUUUAGACUCUUAUCUUGCUAUUUGCCAACUUCUCGGACUUAAUUUGGAAGCUUUUUUCUCUAAUAACCCUCUCAUUACUCCUGUCAUUUAGCUUCUUUCAAUUUUACUUGUUUUCUGUUCAGAACACAAAUAUCAUGUAAUGCUUCUACCCUUUUCUAUUUGGCUUUAUCGUGUACUUAAUAUGAUGAAU